AUGAGUGAAAAGGAUCCUAAUUCCGUCUACGUCACCAGCGUAACAAGUCAUACGCACUUGGCAAACCAUGAAGUUAAUCUACAAGCAAUCACUUCAAACCCUUUAUCAAUAGGUGAAGUUGGGACAACGUUGACAAACGCUCAGAAAGAUUUCAUUUUACGCAGAUUGCACUUUGAUGCUUUAGAAUCGUUUGAUGAAUUGCCUCCGCAAGCUACUUUUAUUUUUGAAAAGAUUGAAGAAAUGUCCACAGAGGAGGCGGUUGAAAUAUUGAAAGAGGCAGUCAAGGAGCACGAUGAUGAUGUGAACAUUCUUGAUUCUGAUUUGGAAUUGUGGAAGAGGUUGAUCGAUUAUCAUGAGCCACCUGAUGGGUUGAAAGAUAAAUUGGGCCAAGUGUUUCACCAUCACUUCACGCCAGAAGAGGACGAGUCUAAGAAAGUUCAACAUGCACACCCGCAUAGUGGUUUUGCUGAGAAAUUUGGUUCCAUUGUCCACUCUGUUAAAAACAUUGGCAGUGAUGACGAAAAGAGCUCAUCACCGCGCAAACAAUCCUUCUUGAACGAUGGUGACGAGGAAAUAAAAGGUGGCGAUGAAGUUGUGGAUUGGAGCUUACAAGUAAGAUUGGAAGCUGUCAUUAUUGCUUAUUGGUCCCCUUACCCUCAAGUUAGAGCUGUCACUGACCCAUUCGAUGAUCCAACAAUACCAGUGGAGACAUUCAGAGUCUACUUGAUAUCGUUAAUCUGGGUUGGUUUAGGUGCAGUCAUCAAUCAGUUCUUUUCUGAGAGGUACCCUAGUAUUGGUCUUGGAAUGUCCGUUGUUCAAGUGUUUUUGUAUCCAAGUGGAAAGUUUUUGGAAUGGAUCUUGCCUAAAUGGAAGUUCAAGUUGUUGGGAUUGGAAAUUGACUUGAACCCAGGUCCUUAUUCAUUCAAGGAGCAAAUGUUGGCCACCAUCACGUGUGGUGUUUCAUCAGGUACUUCUUAUGUUUCUCUGAAUAUCUUGAUGCAAAAAUCUGAAAGGUUUUAUGAUAAUCAUUGGGUUGAUUGGGGGUAUCAAAUAUUAUUAACCCUAUCUACUCAAUACAUGGGAUUUUCAUUAUGUGGGUUGCUUAGAUCUUUUGCCGUUUACCCAGUGAAAGCGGUAUGGCCGCAGUUUUUGCCUACUUUGAAAUUGAAUAAAAUUUUGACAUCACCAGAGAAAAAGACAAACAUCAAUGGAUGGACGAUUUCAGGGUACAAUUUGUUCUUUAUCACAAGUGCAAUAUCAUUCUUGUACUUUUGGGUGCCUGACUACUUGUUCACAUCAAUCUCACAAUUCAAUUGGAUGACAUGGAUUAAGCCUGACAACUUCAACCUCGCUCUUGCUACUGGCUCUUAUGGUGGGCUUGGUGUCAAUCCAAUUCCCUCGUUUGAUUUCAACGUCAUCGGCACUUCGGGAUUUUACUACCCCUUCUACUCAACAAUUAUUGGCUAUGUCGGUUUAGUUGUUUCAAUGUUUGCAGUUAUUGGUGUAUACUACAGCAACACUUCCUGGACAGGAUACUUACCAAUCAAUUCAAGUUAUUUGUUUUCAAAUACAGGGGAAAGCUAUAGCGUUAGAUCAAUUGUGAGUAAAGAUAGUUUGUUUGACGACAAAAAGUACCAAGAGAUUGGUCCACCAUUUUAUUCCGCUGGAAACCUAGUUACUUAUGGGUCUUUUUUCGCCUUGUAUCCUUUCCACAUUGUCUACGAAAUGGGAACACAAUGGAGACCAAUGUACGAAGCUACAAAGUCAAUCUUGAAAGGGUUUAGAAAUCUCAAACGUUCAGUGUAUGAAGGCUUAACAGAUCCACAUUCAGUGAUGAUGAAAGCUUAUCCAGAGGUACCAGAGUGGGCUUACACUAUCAUCUUGGUCAUCUCAUUGGUGUUGGCAAUCUUGUGUGUGAAAUUAUACCCUGCUGAAACUCCUGUCUGGGGUAUUUUUUUUGCUUUGGGUAUCAACUUCGUAUUUUUAAUUCCUUUAACGACAGUUGCUUCGAGGACUGGAUUCAGUUUUGGAUUGAAUGUGUUGGUCGAGUUGAUUGUUGGUUACGCAAUCCCCGGUAAUGGUCUCGCAUUGGCUUUUAUCAAAGCGUUGGGUUACAAUAUUGACGGUCAAGCUCAGAACUUUGUAAACGAUUUGAAAAUGGGUCAUUAUGCAAAAGUGCCACCUCGCGCCAUGUUUAGAACUCAAUUGUUGUCGGUAUUUGUCACUGCUUUCAUCCAGUUGGGAAUCUUGAACUAUCAAAUCACUGGCAUCAAAGAUUACUGUGACCCUGAAAAUUCACAAAAGUUCUUCUGUUACGGAACAACUACAUUUUAUAAUGCUUCAGUGUUGUGGGGUGUCAUUGGUCCAAAGAGAGUGUUUGGGGGAUUAUACCCUGUUUUGAAAUAUUGUUUCCUUAUUGGGUUCCUUGCUGGUUUGGUUUGUGUAGCCAUAAAGAGAUUAGCUCCAAGAAGAUACACCAAAUACUUUGAACCUGCUGUUUUCUUGGGUGGUUUUAUUGGCUGGGCUCCGGGAAACUUGUCUUACAGUACAGGUGGAGUGUAUUUGGGCUAUGCAAUGAUGCAUUACGUAAAGCACAAGUAUGAAGCUUGGUGGCAAAAGUAUAGUUAUCUACUUGGUACUGGUAUUGACGCUGGUAUUGCCUUCUCCUCCAUCAUUAUUUACUUUGCUGUGCAAUAUCAUGAAAAAGAUCUUGAUUGGUGGGGGAACAAUGUUGCAUAUUCUGGUUUGGAUUAUCAAAUGAGAGUGUCAGGGUCUAGGUUGGAUGUUGCUGAUGCGCCUGAUGGCUAUUUUGGCCCAAGAAAGGGUCACUUCCCUUAA